AUGAGCUCUUACUUCGUGAACCCGCUGUACUCCAAGUACAAGGCGGCGGCCGCGGCGGCGGCGGCGGCGGCGGCGGCGGCCGCGGCGGGCGAGGCCAUCAAUCCCACUUACUACGACUGUCACUUCGCGCCCGAGGUCGGCAGCCGCCACGCCGCCGCCGCCGCCGCCCUGCAGCUCUAUGGCAACAGCGCCGCUGGCUUCCCGCACGCGCCCCCGCAGGCGCACGCGCACCCGCAUCCGUCGCCGCCGCCCGCCGGGCCGGGUUGCGGUGGUGGGGGCGGCCCGGGCCCCGGCCAGGACUACUUCCACCCCGGCGGGGGCAGCCCGGCCGCAGCCUACCAGGCCGCCCCCCCUCCUCCUCCGCAUCCUCCGCAUCCUCCGCCUCCCCCCUGCGGCGGGAUUGCCUGUCACGGGGAGCCCGCGAAGUUUUACGGAUACGAUAACUUACAGAGACAGCCGAUUUUUACGACCCAGCAAGAGGCCGAGCUGGUACAAUAUCCUGACUGUAAAUCGUCCAGUGGUAAUAUUGGCGAGGACCCAGACCACUUAAAUCAGAGCUCGUCUCCUUCUCAAAUGUUUCCCUGGAUGAGACCACAAGCAGCUCCUGGUAGACGAAGAGGAAGACAAACCUACAGUCGUUUCCAAACCCUAGAGCUGGAAAAAGAAUUCCUUUUUAACCCUUAUCUGACCAGGAAGAGAAGAAUUGAGGUUUCCCACGCGCUAGCCCUCACGGAGAGACAGGUAAAAAUCUGGUUCCAGAACAGGAGAAUGAAAUGGAAAAAAGAGAACAACAAGGACAAAUUCCCAGUUUCCCGACAGGAGGCAAAGGAUGGGGAAACCAAAAAGGAAGCCCAAGAGCUGGAGGAAGACAGAGCUGAAGGCCUGACAAAUUAACUUCUACCUUUAAAAAUUUGACCAUGGACUAUUAAAACUAAUGAUCAACACAUGCUGUCGGACACCGUCUAUUUUCUUUUUUGGAGAGGACUUUACCUGUAUUUCAAGCUACCUUCGUGUCACUGCUCUUGAGGUUUCUGCGUUUUGAGAGGGGUUUGGGUGUUAAAAGUUUAUAGUAUUGCAUAGACGCAGUGCUUGAGCUGUCCUGUGUAAGGGUAAUUUGAUACUGACCUUGUUGCUAUAUUUUUGUAAUGGUAGUUUUUAAUGUCUGAGUUGGUGAUUUGCCUCAACAACAUAAACUUCCUAAUGAUUAGCACUAAAUAAUUGAAUAGAAAAUGCUUUAUUAAUCAAACAAGUGCACUUGAACACUUAAUAUCAUUUCUUUAUGGUGAGUAAGUUAAAAGAGAUCUAUUAAUUUUUUUUUAAAAAUUAUGCCUGCAGAAUAUUUACUUUAUGUUAUUUGAUUAAAACGUAUUAUUUAUGUUUUC